GCGGCGGCGCGGUAAGGCCUCCUGGUGUUAGCGAUGUCGCGGUGGUAGAUGUGUAAAGGUUCCCAGUGUCGGAGGCACAGCGGGCGGGGACGAGGUCUGCCCGCGAUUGCUAAUUAAUCCUUCAGCAAUGAGUUGUCUCUGGGAUGUGAAGUGCCCAUUGCCAGUAGCAAAGUGAGCCCUAAGUAAUCAGAAGUGCAGGCAAAGAACAUUCUUCAUCAUGGAUCACAUGAACCUCAUCACUUUUACCCGAGCCAAAGAUGAAACAGACACCUGGGAAAAUGGAGAGCGUCAGAAACCUCCAUCGCCUGGCCCCGGGAUUGAAGUCCUGACUGGAGAUGAGGUGAAAAAGUUUUAUGAGAGCCUUCUCACAUCAGAUGGUGAGGCAGGUACGAGUUCCAUUCGGAAACGUAAAGUUGUUUGGCAGACGUCAAAGACUGAAAGGACCAACAGGGAGCAAACUCCAAGGAGUCUGCCUGCUGCAGCAACGGAGAGGAAUGGACACCUCCUGCUAAAAUGUGCUCAGGAUGGGGACCUGAAAAGGCUUCGCAGGUUACUGGAGACUGCAAUGUGUGAUAUAAAUUUCCGGGACAGUUAUUACUGGACUGCCACAAUGUGUGCGGCGUACAGCGGGCAGGCAGAGGUGGUGAAGUACUUACUGAACCGUGGGGCUGCAUGGAUUGGAGUGUGCGAUUCCACGGGGCGAGAUGCUUUGGAUUUGGCCAGACAAGCUGGGCAUGUUGAAAUCAUCACAAUGUUUGAAGAAUUUCAUACUCGCCGGGAGGAACUGCAGGAACCAAGGGAGAGGCCACGGCAAAAGAAAUACUGCCAGAUUUGUGAAGUGCGAUACGAGGAAGACAGUAUUGAGCAGCACGAGAGAUCAACGUUACAUUUGUUCAACAAGAAAGACAAGCCAGUGCCAACUUAUUACUUCAUUCCAGAAACCAACGUUGGCUUCAGAAUGAUGUUGAAGGAAGGUUGGGACAGGGAAACAGGGCUUGGGCCCACUGGGAAGGGACAGAAGUUUCCAGUGAAGACCGUGCUGAAGCGAGAUCAGAAGGGUCUCGGGUUCCAGAGCGAUUUGAAACCGAAAGUAACCCACUUUAAUGCUAAUGAUCCUGAUGCUGUGAAACGGCUGAAGACCCCAAACAGCCGAGUGCAGAGAGCUGCUACAGUCAGCAGGAGAGAGGAACGUAGGCGACAGGCAAGGGAGAAAGCCUGGGAGAAAGAUCUGAGGACUUACAUGAAUCUCUAAGAACCAACUUUGGGGUGUGUCCCUUUACAAAGUGCUCCACAAUGGGUUUGGUGUUUCCUGAUGUUGUUAGGGGGUCUCCUGUUGGGCCCAAUGCAUGUUCUUUUCUGGAUCUCAGGGUUCAAACCCAGGCUAACAGCAGUGCUGUCGUGAGGCAGUGCCACAUUCUGUGGCCAACCUGCCCAAACGCAAGACCAGCUAGAAUGCGCACAGUGUUUGAGGGGCAGGGAAUGCUCCAUUUCCUGGGGGGUUAAUCAGUAUCACUGGUGAGAUCCUCCUGGGUGGGGAAAAAUAUAUUGACCGUAUUUCACUGUGAGUCAGGUGUCUGCCAUGAGAUGAAACACUGUUCUGUGUAAAAACACACGAGAGGUGGUCAGCCUGGAACAUUAGCUCAGUUUCUCUCCACUCAUGCAGCCUGAUCUGCAAUUUACUGCCUACACUUCGGCUUUCCAGUAUGUUGUCUGCUGGGUAAGAAUGGCGUCCCCGUGUGCCUCCUCUUCGAUAAAUAAAUGGCACCCAUUAUCUCUGGCUGAAAACCUCUGAAUUCUUGUGAGUAAAUGGUAAAGACAAGCAGCUUAUUGUUAACAUAAGGGUGGGGGGGGUGCGGAAUACCAGUUCACUCCCAAAAGUGACUAACCAUAGGGCCAUCACGUGGUUAGAUACAGAUGACAUUAGUCUGCGCACUGUAAGGUGAACAUUGGCUGUGGUCUCAUCAACCAUCGAUCACUGCCUGCCAUUAUGGACACAGUCCCCUGCAGCCUUGCGUCUAACAGAUUACAGGCAAACUACUGUGGGUGCUGUCACGAGACAAUAAAAGCAGCAAGUGCAGCCGUUUCAAAAUAAACUCCAGGUAGCUCAGACAGCACGGGUGCAGAAGGAAGGACAGGGAAUGGUUUGAGUCGAAUGUGCUCUGAGCUUGGAGGGAAGGUUAAACCCCGGAAGUUGCCAGCCAUGCUGAGUGUUACCAGCUUUGGAAAUGAACCUGUAUACACGCCGAACAGCAGCAUUUGCAGAACUGGUAGGACAUCAUUGCCCUGUUCCAACCAUUGUAAAAAACAUCCUUCAUGUCUGAAUUAAAACUACAUACCUAAAACUACAUAA